AAACAAACAACACAAGCUGGGCGAAAAUGAUUAGAGGCUCGACGACAUAAUCGCGGUCUUGCAGCAUUGAAUCAUGCCGUAUAUUUGGCUGUGACUUCUUCGGAUGAUUCUCUAUACAGAAAUCUCCGUGAGCACCCGACGACCCCAAGCCCGCUACCAAUGAUGACAGGAAGCUUGCGCGACACAGUCCCGCUAUCCGAGAAUUCCGGGGCGCAGAGAUAGCUCGGCGCUUUGGGCGAAUCCGACCGUCGGUCAUUUCAGUGUCCAGAAAUUUUCUCUUGAUACUCUGCUCGAGUGCCACGCGACAGUCAUCAUGCCCAUGAAAGCAGCAUCCUCUGGCAACGUUGCCGAGUCCCCGAUAUCCUGUAUUUUCUUCUCCGAGUUCGAUCCUAAAGUCGGACCGAAGAUAACUUUCCAGUUUCCGGAAAACUAUGUCCAGAAAGAAGCUUUUGACCUUCUUAAGGUGUACCUCAUACCAAAAGAGGAAUUACAACACAAACUCAUAACAUUGAAUAUGUGCUCCAUGAAGAUUCUCGGUUUCCCGGCUGGUAUCAAAGACGACAAAUAUGAGAGGAAUCAGCUUAUGUUCAACUUGUGUUUUGUGUGCUCCGUUGACAUGCGAACCAUCCAAUACGAGGCGAUCGUGCGAAAAUUAGCCCAUUACCUGGUGACUUUGGAGCGGGAGAGUCAGAUUAUUUCAGAUCCGAAUAUGAAACCCAAUCUGCUGGACAUUAUCUGUCAAGUGCGGCACGAUCUGGAUGUGAAACGAAGCGCUUCGAUAAAAGUGACGAAAUCCACAACGAUUUAUCUGAAGGUUAACCGCGUCCAUGCAGAUCCGCAGGAUGUACACGACCACCAUGUACCCGUGUUCACCGAAAACCGUCCUGCUGUCUCUCCGAAUCAAUGGGAUCUUACUACGCAGCGGAUAUUGCCGUUGAUCGACGGUUUCCGACAUGUUGUGCAAAUCGCGCAAGAAUCUGACGUCGACAUUGACCUUGUCAAAGCUUGUUUGAGAAAUUUGAUCUAUUACGAUGUCAUAAAAAUAAUACCUCUAUUCUUAUACUCGGCCAUUUACGUGGCGACGCCAUUGAUGCAGAAGCUCUACACUGAUCGCCAUCUACAGGCGGACUGCGCCCGAAACGUACAGCACGGCAUGACCGCGCAACCGAGCUUCCGUCACAUAUUUGCCAUAUAUGCGCGUUUUGACAGUUACUACACCGUCGCCGACAUCUGCUCGCUGAUGAAGCCAAGAACGAAAUUCAUCGAUGAGCGCAAGUUGGUCCAAUUCGGUGUUAUCCAUGGCUUGCUGAAAAGAUUACAGAAAUAUCCCGUCGACGAGAGCAUGCAUCGCUGUGAACGCACCGUUAUCCGCUCUCAACAGCAAGCGCCAGAAGGUAUCCGUCAAUUCUUCACAGGGGAAUUCAAUUUCGAUCAGAUUUGCUGUAAAACUGGAAGCACCUACAAUGAAAUGGACAACAUCAUAGAAGAACAGAGUCUGAUCUCAGUUUGCACAAAAAGUCAAGAGAACGUAUGACGAGUAUUGGUUUUGUUAGCGCUUGGAAAGUUUCUUUCUUUCGUAUGAUCAUCCUUAAAAUAAAGCCCCCGGGCAUAUUUUAAGGAUGCAACCGCUGUCAACU